GCCCUAGAAAGAGGAAUUGGAAUUCGGCGCUUCAGACCUACGCCCUUCCUUCGUCUAUUUACCCUAGAAAUCGUAAUCCUACAAAUUCGGCUUCUAUCCCACGAUCUCUCACCAUGAUUUCAACUCCUCACCCGCGCAUUCCUCUUUCCUACAUUCUCAGUAACAUGAUUUCAUAGUUUUCUCAAUUCAGUUUUCUACUUUUACAAUAUAUAUACUUCUAUUCUUUCUCCCUCUUCUGCAUAUCAAACAGCAAUUGUCGACUACAAGAGGACUUAAUGGCGGCUCAAGUAAAUUUCGUUAGCGAAAUUAACAGCAAGUCAAUGAAUUGGAAAUUAAAGGUUCGUGUUGUCAGGCUUUGGGAAAAUUCGGAUCGCGACAGACCUGAUACGCCUUUUCUAUUGAGAUUAUUGUGAUGGAUGAAAAGGGCGACCGCAUUCACGCAAGUAUUGGCAUGCCUUUUAUCCAAAGGUUCAAUCAACAAAUUAAGGAAAUGGGUUUGUACAUCAUGAAGAAUUUCGUAGUUUGUCCAAAUAAUAUGAAACUGAAGACCAAAGAUCACAAGUUUAAGUUAAUGUUCACGCAUAAGACCACUGUUGAGGAAAUACAUGAUCCACAUUUCAACAUGUGCAUCUUCAAAUUUAAAACCUAUGAGCAGCUGUCAAAUCCUCAGGAAUUUGACAAUACUGAGCUAUUCGAUGUUAUUGGCGAAAUUGUGAGCUAUGAAGACUUACAAUCUAUCAAACAAGAUGAUAGCAUCCGUAUGUUCAUGAACAUUGAGAUACAAGAUUAUGAGAGCAAUAAUAUUUCUGCAACUCUUUGGGGAGACUUUGUCGAACAGAUCAAGCUGCAUUUGAAUGGAUCCAAUGAUAAGCCUAUUGUCAUCUUCAUGCAAUUGAUUAGAGCACAUCGAUAUCGAGAACAAUAUUCGGUGAGGAACACUUGGCACGCGUCGAAGCUUUGGAUCAAUUCAAAUCUUCCUCAAGUUGUUGACUUUUGCUCCAGAAUGGUUUCUGUGCGUGGAGAAAGCUCACAAAGAAUUACUCAAAUUUCAUCUCACAAAACUCAUUCUGUUGUUGAUGAGCUAGCAUCUGGAAGCGUUGAAGUUAAAACUAUUGAGGAUCUGAGUGACUGUAAGCAUCCAGGAUAUUUCUGGGUUGUAGAAAUUAUUGUACACAUAGAAUUAGACCGUGGAUGGUGUUAUUUAGCAUGCAAAAAUUGCGCAAAGAAACAAGACAAAGAGGGGGAAAAUUUCUAUUGUAAAAAAUGCGAGCAACUUCAACCUCUCACUCAUAGGUACAUGCUACAAGUUUAGGUGAUGGAUUGCACCGAUACAAUUUCUUUGUUGUUGUGGGAUAAGGAUGCAGCUAAGAUUAUCGAAAAAUCGGCAAAUAAUUUAAAGGAUGAUGUAUUGGAGGUAUAAUACAAUUGUUUAGAAAAAUAAGACCAUCAACUUUGAAAUAAGUGGAUGAAGCACUACACAUGAUAUAAUAAGUUUAGAAAUAUUUGGAGGAAACUUGAAGAAAAGAAGAGUCGUGUAUAUGAAGGACCAUUCAAGUUUAUCAAAUGCCUUCUCAAGGUAAAUUUUUAUUAACAUUCUCCCAUUGUUACCUUUUUCUUUUCUGAAAGAGUGAAUGAGCUCUUGGAUGAUUAUAGCAUUGUCACUAGCUCUCCUAUGUUUUAUGAAGCUAGAUUGAAUAGGACUGAUGAGAUUGUUUAGAAAAGGUUUUAGCCUAUUUGCAAUAAUUUUGGUGAUUAUCUUGUAAAUAGUAUUACAUAGGCUUAUAGGAUGAAAAUUAUUGAGGUUGUUAGCAUUAGGAAAUUUGGGGAUAAGGCAAAUGUAAGUAGAGUUUAUUUCUGGAGGAAUUGCAUUAUCCUUAAAAACUUUGUGACAAAAAACCUUCACUGAAUCUCUUAUUAUCUUCCAGUAUUUUUGGUAAAAAAAGGAUGUAAACCAUCCGGUCCGGGAGAUUUAAAAGGUUUGAAGGAGAAUAUAGCACUAUAAAUUUCUUCAUCUAUCAAGGGUCUGUCCAGAGCAGAUAGAUCUAUUGUAUGGAAAUUAGUUGUGCUAUGAAGUAAGUGAGUCAUAUCUGUAAGGGUGUGACUAGUGCAAAAUAACUUAGAGAAGUGAUCAAGUGUAUUGUUAAUAAUGUCAAGGUGAUUGUCAAUCCAUACUCCUUCACUAUUCUUAAAAAAGCUAAUAUGAUCUUUUCUUCUCCGGUUAGAUGCACUUAUUUGAAAAAAUCUAGUAUUCGCAUCCCCUUCGUUUAGCCAGGUGAUUCUAGAUCUAAGCUUCCAAUAGUCUUCCUCUAAUUUGAGAAUGUUAUUAUAAUUUGUAUUUAGAUUUUUUUCUAAACUUUGAAGGAACGAACUAGAGGAAAGAUAAGGGGAUUUUUGUAUGCCAUUUAUUCUGGCUAGAAGCAAUUUCUUUUCCCUAAAUAUGUUUCCAAAGUGGUCAUUUCCCCAUUUCUUAAUAAAGGCAGUGAAGGAAUUGGUUGCCCCCAUUAGAUCUUUAUUCUUCCAUUGGUUUGCAACUAUAUUACCAAAAUUAGGAUGAGUACACCAAAUAUUUUCAAGUCUAAAAAUUGUUUCACAGUGGUGAGUAAUAUUAUUGAGCUUAACAAGGAUAGGCUUAUGAUCCGAGUGUGUCUUAGGAAGGUGAGUAAUGGUAACAUUAGGGAAUUUUUUUACCCAGUCAUCAUUAGCUAGGACUCGGUCUAACCUUUCCAUAAUUAAACCUUUUUUCUUCCUAUGAUUGGACCAAGUAAACUUACUUCCCUUGAAGCCAAGGUCUAUUAACUUGCAUGAGUCGAUAUUGUCCCAUAUUUUAGCUGCCCUAUAUUUCUUUAGAGGUCUUCCUCCUAUUUUUUCAUUUGUGCUAAUAAUAUCAUUUAAAUCACCCCUAGCAUCCACGGACCUUUAUAAUUUUGUAAGAUAGCUUUUAUAUUUUUCCACAUAAUAUCUCUAGGUUGAACUUGAGUACUAGCGUAAAUAGCCGUAAAAAGCCAACUAAAAUUAAAAGGAUGAACCUGAAGGAGUGUAUGGAUCUCCUGACCAUUUCUGGUAAAGUGCUCAACCGUAACUGUGUCAUGGUUGUAGAGGACAACCAUUCCUCCUGACUGGCCUUCAGCGAGUACCUCUAUGAGUUCAGAAAAAUUAAAUUCAUGGAGGAGGGGUGCAUGCACAUGCAUCCUAGUUUCCAAGAGAGCCACCAAGCAAGGUUUGUGGGUAUCGAUUAAAUCCCUAAAGUUACGACGGAAAUCAUCAUUAUUAGCACCUCGGAUGUUCCAGAAUAUAAUAGUGGUUGCUCUAUUCAUUAGAGGGGAUUGAGGUUGGAUCACAGUGGAUUCCCUUUCCACUGAGUUGUGACUCCUCCUUCUUGAUGGAACUAGAAUGAUAGCUUGCUUUCCUACGGUGGGAUCUUGUGGUGGACGAACAUUCAUUGCGCAUUUGUACAUGGUGCUCAGGCAAUUGAAGAUGUAUUUCUUGCGCCAUAGUUCCUGGAAGAGAAGUAUUUUUACUUCGUUUAGGCUUGAGAAUUCUACACUCGGUUGAAUAUCUUAUGGAUGGUGUUCUUCUUCUUCCUCUACUGGAGGUUGUGGAGGGCCUUGUUCUGGAGCAUUGGCUUGAAUAAUUAGAUCUAGGUUGACUGGGGCCAUGUUUGGAGGAUUGUUGUUUCCCUGGGCUGCAUGGUGACCCCAUGGCAUGAAGAUUGGGUUGAUCAUCAUGCUCUCCUCUGCUGGGAAGAAGGGGAGAGUCAUUGGGAGAUUGAUAUAUUGGUUGGGAGUUUGAGGGAGGUUCUAUUGACUCUGCAUUUCCUGGAUCAAAGUGUGGUUCAUAUGUAGGGCUAAGGGGUGGAGAAUGUUGUUGAUCCAAGCUUGGUUUGUGUAGUUGUUCAUAGCCAAGUGCAUCCCCUCCACUAUUAGUUGGCUAGGUAACGAGUAUUCUGUAUUAUUAUUACCAUUUCCUGACCAUUGAUCUGAAUAUUGAAGGUUAUUGCAUGUCCUAGGAGACCUGCUUCUAGCCAAGAGGCCGGUUGGUAGUUCUGGGAUUGAGGGGGUGAUGUGAAGAAGAGGGGAUGGUUCUGUAGAUGUGGAGGGAGUUGUGGAGGGUUGGACAUUUGAGAAGGUCUGAGUUGGUUUGUUAGGUGAAUCAAUCAAAACCUUCUUCUUGCUGAUAGUGGGAGUCUUGGCAUUGUUGUCUUGGAUGAUAUUUAUAAUGUUUAUAUUGGUAGUAGGAGAUUUAGCUUUUGUAGGAUUAUUGAUUUCAAUAGUGGUCUUUUGAUGCAUGUCCGAUAAUUGGUUUAGCGUGUGUUGGUAUAUAAUAUCUUUGGAGGAUAUUGAGUUUGCCAAGAACUCUGAAUUUUCUGCCAUUUGUACGUCCCCCUUUGCAUGCAUGGCCAUGUGUAAUGUAGAUUGGAUAGGGGUAGUAGUGUGAUUAGUACUAGUAUUGCACAUUAGAUUAGGGACAACCGAGUCAUUCCUAAGUUUGUCUUUAGUGGAAAAUUCUUGUAAUGAUUGGGAUAAGGGUUCCAAUGUGAGAGUAUUACUUGACACAUGUUUAAUUUUGUCUUUUCUACUUUGCAUACAUUGGGUAAUAGGGAUUGUAUACGGAUUGUCAUCUAAACCAUCAUCCAAACCUAUGUGCUCUAUUGAGUUCAGAGCCUCAAAAAAGUUUGGAUUCUUGCCAGUAUUGAGGAAGCUGUUUUUUUCCUUGUACUGUUUAUUCUUUGGCAUAUUACCAGUAGUAUUGGAUGGUUCUUUACUCAAAUUUUUAGAGGUAUAGUAGGGAUCAUUAUGAGGUUUAGAGGACAUACCUGUGUCAGUGCGAGAUGGAUUCAGAUGUGUACCUUGACUGUUACCCUUUGCAGUGCGGACUUGAUUUACUCCAUUGGCUUUCUUCUUCUUACUGAAUGUGACAGUUACCCAAUCGCGAGGAGUCUUGUUGUUGAGGUCCUGUUAUACCUCCUUGGAUAUCAUUGGCUUUAUGGUGUGGUGAGAGCACUAAACAUUUUAAUUGGUUAUGAUCUAAUUUCCCAUAUUUAAUACAUAAAAAUUUUUCCCCCUCAUAGUAUAUAUGUUGCUUGUAAUUUCCAAUAUAGACGAAUAGCUUUACUGGUUUGUCCAUAGGAACUUCAACACAAAGUUGAGCAUAUCUUCCUCUUAGAGUUGAGGAAGUGCAGGCAUCAAUCCUCAAUUGACGACCUAUAGUAUUCCCUAUUUUUUGAAGAAUGGUUAAGUCAUAAAAUUCAGUAGGGAGUUGUGGUAAUCGAAUCCACACGACUGAUUUUAAUUGUUUUGCCUCACUUGCUACAAAAUGAGGUUCUCAUUUUUGUACUGAUAGGUGAUAACCAUUAACAAACCAUGGUCCGUUAUUGAGGGCUCAGGACAUAUUCUCUUCUUUGGAGAAUUUUACUAUGAAAUAAUCAUCCCCUAGAUCCAUUAGGGUGAAAUUUUCAUUUGGUUUCCACAGUUGGUAUAUCUUCCUUCUGAGGUAUUGAUGGGGAAUACGUUUUCCCAUGAGCUUAAUAAUAAGAGAAUAUUUCUAUGGUUGGUAUAUCCUUUGAAGAUCACCUACUGAAAGGGAAACUUGUAGGUUAUCAUUUGAUUCUAUGGUGUUUUGUGGACUGGUUAUAUGGCUAGACAGACCAUAGGAAUUAUAGUCUAGUUGCGUGGAAAAGACUUGGGUGGUUUGUGGUUGCAUGGGGUUUUGAAUAAUCUGGCCGCUAAUAGUGUCCAAUAGAAGAGCUUCCUUAUAUGAAGAACCUUGAGGUUGGGGUAUUUUAUCUAGCAUGAUUGGUGAGGAGGAGUUCUCUGCAUCAAUCAUUUGAUUUCCCCUACUAGUAGAAAGAAUAUGCGGAUUAAUUUCUUCACAAUUAUGCUGUAUAUCAGGUGGUUUGGGUGGGAUUUGGGAGGCUGGGUAAGUGGAUAGUGGAACAGUUUCCAUGGAGGUGGAGGUAGGGAAUGUAAAGAGAAGGGAGAGUUUCUCUCUCUAAGACAAUUUUUUCGAUCACCCACUUCUACUUUGUCUAUGCAUGGAGAUGUUAUCAAACUAUAUAAAUCACCUAGUAGAUAUAAGAAGUUGGGACCCUAUCUCCCUUAGUAAAGACUGCCCCCAACUAUCUCAUUUAUUUUUUGCAGAUGAUUUGGUUCUAAUAGGCAAAGCAAAUAAUAAUACAACCUCUUCUAUAAAAUCUGCUCUUAGGCAAUUUUGUGCCUUCUACUGGCAUUAAGGAAUGCAAUUCUUUUGGGAAAUAUCUAGGUUUUCCCAUCAUUAGCAAAAACCCCAGUCACAAAGACUACCAAUUUAUCAUUGAUACCAUGAGGAGUAAGCUCUCAGGAUGGAAAUGUGACAAGCUUAACCUAGCCAGUAGAUGCACUCUAAUUACAUCUACUCUAGAAAGUCUACCUGCUUACUACAUGCAAUAUACUAUGCUUCCCCCCAAAACCCUUAAGACUAUUGACCAAAUUCAAAGAAAUUUCCUUUGGGGCUCAACCGAAAAUAGGAAAAAACUACAUCUAGUUAAUUGGGGUAUUGUUACUACACCAAAACAGGAAGGGGCUGGGACUAAGGAAAGCUCGGUCAAAAAAUAUAACCCUACUAGCAAGUCUAGCAUGAAUAUUAGCAAACAAUACCACUAAUCUUUGGGCUUCAACACUUCUUAAAAUAUACUCUCAUAAGCCAAAAGAUAAGGGCUCCUUCAUUUGGAAAAGUGUGAUCAGGGGAUGGGAACUAUGCCAAAAAGGUCUGUCUUGGACUAUUCAUAAUCUUCAAGCCUCAACUUAUGGGAUAAUAAUUGGAUAACCAACUCCAAAGCCCUUAGAAACUAUGUCAUUGGCCCUUUAACUAAAGAGGAAUCCUCCCUUAGGGUAUGUGAUAGUAGAACUAGGAAUAAUUGGGAUUUGGGUAAUAUUUCCUUAGAUAUCCCUGAGGAAAUUAUAUCUAAAAUCCAAUCAACUUUAAUCCUCAAUGACACUAAAUCUGAUUCUUUAUCCUGGGAUAGUAACUGAAAUGGUCUAUUUACGACCAAGUUUUGUUACGAACUUUUGGAAGGGAAAGUUCACCCUGAAAUCAAAAGUGACUGGAUCUAGGAAUUGCACUGUCCUAAUAAAAUUAAGCACUUUAUGUGGAUAUGCAACCUCAACAGAUAGCCAUGUAGAAAAUACCUUUCCCAUAUUGGCAUAAACAUAGAUGAAACAUGUACUAUUUGUCGUAAGGAACCUGAAUCUCUUAAGCACAUUUUUCUCGUAUGACCAAAUGCUAAAACCCUUUGGGAUAAUCUGGGAACUGACACUUCCAAUUCUCAUCUUUCAAGCCAAACAUGGCUUCAUUCUCUCCAAUUAAAAAGUCCCAUUAUUCCCAAUAAGUUAAUCAAUUGGAACACCUUGUUUCCCUUUAUUAUCUGGAAUAUUUGGAUUACUAGGAAUAGUAACAAUAUUAAUAAUAUUACCAUUCGCUCAUCCCUCAGUAAGAUCAUUGAUCAAUCAGUAGAAUACGUGUUACUUACAAAUAUGGAGUCUAAUUGGGAUAAGAAAGUCAUUCUCACCAUCAGUUGGACGAAACCUUGUAGGGGAUGGUAUAAACUAAACAUAGAUGGUGCCUAUAAUAAGGAAAAAGGUAUAGAAGGCAUUGGAGGGGUCAUAAGGAAUGAGAAAGGGGACUGGCUAAUUGGUUUUGCUUCAAAGAUAAGUGUAAAAAAUCCAGUUCAAGCGGAACUCAUGGCUCUCUAUGAAGGACUUUGUAUUGCAAAUAACAGGAAACUUUAUCCGUUGGAAAUAGAGACUGAUGCUACACAGGUAAUCACUUUUAUUCGUGAUGGAUGCAAAACUUAUGAUUCUAUUAUAAAUUGUUGCAUGUUACUUCUGGCACAAAUGGGCACCGUGGAAAUGCAUCACUUCUUCAGGCAGGGGAAUGAAGUAGCUCACAAAUUGGCAAAGCAUUGAAUGACGAGCUUAGUCUCAAAUAAAUUAGCAUUUUGGUUGUAUCCACCACUUUUUAUCUUGGCCAGGAUGCUGGCAGACAAGUGUGGUGAAGUUUGUGAAAAAAUAAUUUCUGUUAAGUGUUGUAGAACUCUAGCUGCUAUAGGUAAUUUGCAUGCCAUGCAUGGGUUACCAUCUAUCCUUGAUCAUCAUAAUCAAAACUACUCCUGUAAUGCUUACUACUUUUGUUUAAUAAAUAAGUAUCUUUAUGUUCAAAAAAAAACUUUGAAAUAAAUGGUACAUGAUCCAAUCCCCUGCAUCUCCUUUCGUUCUUAUUUUGGGGUAGUUUAAUUUAUGUUUAUAAGCAUGUGAGGACUGUUAAACUUCAAAGUUCCAAGUUUAAGUUACAAAGUCAGCACUGAAUGCUGUGAAACUUCCUCUAUUGACCUUCACAUUAUCAGAAUGGCUACUUCUGCCAUUUAAUUUACUUUGAAUUCUCAGUUAGUAUUAUUUUUCUAUAACUAUGAAAGCUAAAAAGUGAGUUUGACCGAGCAACAAGCAAAUCACUGUGUAAGGGUAAGUAGCUUUACCUUUUUAGCAUAUAUAUUCCUUUGGUUCCCAUGUGCCGUGGUUUCUUUCUGCUUUCUUGUGUCUUUUAUGCUUCUGGCCCUUGCUAAUCAUUUAUUUUACACAUCAUGCUUUAUUGCUCUUUUCUAUUUGGAUUUUUUAAAAGUCAAAUGAGCUUAUUUUGCUAAAUUCGUAUGCAUUUGCUCUUUUUAGAUUUACUUUACAGGGUUGAUAAGUUUGAAAUGAUGGUAAUAGUUCUCUAUUCUUUGUUGUCCCUAAGUUUUGGUGAAGUUAAGAUAGUUGUAGUUUGGUGUCUUUUAAAGAGCAUAAAUGUUGUUUGAAUUUUGAUUGAUGUUUCACUUUAUUUUGAUCCUACUUCAGAAGACUUAUGCUUUCACUUUAGUUUCUGAUGUUCUACUUUCCUCUUUUAAUUUUAGUAGCUUUAUUUAGUGUAUUGUUCUUGGCAUUUAGCUUAUGCUCAAUAAUAAACUUACUAUGAGAAUUGAAGCAUUAUCUUUGUAACUAUUAAAUCCAUUCUAAUAUGGAACAAAAAAUAUGUGUACACCAUAUUACAUUUGCUUUUUUACUUGUGUUGUUGUAGCUUCUGUUAACCGUUGUGAUUAUGUCCUUUUUGUUAGAAUUAUGGUGCUGCAGACGACUCUUCAUGUCGAAUGGAGAGAGAAGAUAUUGUUGAUAAAAAGUUUAUGUUUAAAGUGGAGGUUAAGAGUUCCAACGGUAAGAAUCAAGAUGAUGUCUUGAAAGUUGUUACACUUAGUGACGAUGAAGAAAUUAUAAAAAAAUACAUUCUUUCUCCACGUGAAGAGGCAUUCAAAGAUCCAGAUUUCAAUAAUAACGAACUCAGUCAUGAAGAUAAUGAAAUCGCGGAUUAUACCGAAGAUAACGAGUUGAUCGAUGUUGCAAAUACACCUGCCAAGAUUGCAGCAGUGGUUGAAGAAGAUUCGAAUGCACAGUUAUCGGGAAAUAAGAUCAAGAGAGUAUUUAAAAAAAGAAGAAGACAACAUAAGUUGUUUUCAAAUGUAAUUGUUGCAGAAACUAAAAUAUGUCUGAUUAGUUAGUUUAUUAGUUUUAUUAGUUAUGAACAAGAUGUUUGAAUCAUUUCAUGUUUUUCUUGGUAUUGAACUUUUCCAGUUUAGUUAGUUUUGUAUUCUCAUUUGUUUUGGAUAAGAUAUUUGAAUCAAUUUAUGGU